UAACUUGGCACUGAUCACAGUGUGAACACAGGUAGAGUGGAGGUAGGUAGAACUAGUCAGAACCAACAUGCUGGCUCAGUGGAGAGUCGCUGCUCUCACAGCAGUGGUGGUGAUAUUAAAGGUGCAUGCUUUUCCACCAGCUCACGUUGGUGAAGUAGAUGAAGACAUACCUGACAUCAACUCUAAAUUAAACUUGGACCUUUUUGAAGGAGAUAUUGCUGGAGAUUCGAGGAGAAAUGCAAUCCUGGAUGAAAACAUGAGAUGGAAGUUUCCCAUUCCCUACAUCCUUACCGAUUCUCUUGACCUGAAUGCUAAAGGCGUUAUCCAUCAGGCAUUUGAGGCCUACAGACUGAAAUCCUGCGUGGACUUUAAGCCCUAUGAGGGAGAGAGCACUUACAUUUCAUUCACCAAGCUGUCAGGGUGUUGGUCGUUCGUGGGAGACUUCCGGACCGGACAGAACCUGUCCAUCGGGGCACGGUGCGACACCAAGGCCAUCGUGGAGCAUGAGCUCCUCCACGCGCUUGGCUUCUACCAUGAGCAGUCUCGCUCUGACCGGGACGACUACGUCAAGAUCUGGUGGGACCAGAUACAGGAAGGAAUGGAGCACAACUUCAACAAGUACGAGGAUAACACCAUUACCGACCUGAACACACCAUAUGACUAUGAAUCCAUCAUGCACUACAGGCCGCUGUCCUUUAACAAGAAUGAAAGCAUCCCCACCAUCACCACUACCAUCCCAGCUUUCAAUGAGAUCAUCGGUCAGAGACUGGACUUCAGUGCGGUGGACCUGACCAGGCUGAACCGACUGUAUGACUGCGCUUCCACACACACUCUCCUGGACCAGUGCUCCUUUGAGCAGAUCAAUAUUUGUGGAAUGAUCCAGAACAAUGAGGACAGCGCAGACUGGGUCCAGACCCUGAGGAGUGGGAUGGAGACAGACCACACGCUGGCUGGACGGUGCAGAGAUGUCGGCUAUUUCAUGAAGUUUGACACGUCGGUGGGAGAGGUUGGGAACAGUGCCAUUCUGGAGUCCAGGAUCCUGUAUCCUCGCAGGAGCCAGCAGUGUCUACAGUUCUUCUACAGGAUGACAGGACAUGCUGGGGAUAAGCUAGCUGUCUGGCUCAGAACUGAUGAUGGGACAGGCAACGUCCAACGUAUCAGGAAGCUGCACACCAUCACAGGAGACGGUGUUGGCGUCUGGAACAUUGCCCAUGUGACCCUGACGGUCACAACGAAGUUCCGCUACUUCUUCCACGGCUCCAGGGGUUCCACCGUCUCUUCGGGCGCCAUCCUCCUGGACGACAUAACCCUGACAGAGACCGCCUGUCCCAGGGCCGCCUGGACCAUCCAGAACUUUACCCACCUGCUCUCCAGUGAGCCGUUCGGUGGACGUGUCCGGAGUCCCCGGUUCUACAAUGCAGAGGGUUAUGGUUAUGGUGUUGACCUUUAUGCUAACGGGAGGAAUGGCUCCAGUCCUGACUAUGUGGGCGUGACCUUUCACCUCUUCAGUGGGGAAAACGACGCUGUCUUGGAGUGGCCUGUGGCGAGCCGCCAGAUGACCGUCACGAUCAUGGAUCAAGACCCAGACGUCAAGCUGAGGAUGUCGUCCUCCAGGAGCUUCACCACUGAUACCAGCUCCAGUUGGAACAGGCCCACAGCCUCCUCGGGAUCAGAGUGGGAUGAGAGCUGCCGGUGCUACAGAGGGCCUGAGCUGGGCUGGGGAACCUUCAUCUCUCACAAGCAGCUGAAUACAAGAAGCUUCCUAAAGAACCAGGACCUCAUCAUCUUGGCUGACUUUGUUGACUUGACCCACCUCAUAAAGACGGAGGUUCCUGUGAAGCCUGUGGUGCCCAGUGAUGACACUCUAGAGAAGCAGAGUUCAGAACUGACCAAUCAUAGAGCUGUGAGAUCUGCGCCCAGUUCUGAACUGACCAAUCAAAGAGCUGUGAGAUCUAGCAGCCCAUGUCUUCCCAACCACUGCCUCAACGGUGGAGUGUGUGUGGUGAAUGAAGGGAAAACUUCCUGCAGAUGUGCCUCCGGCCAGGCCUCCUUCUACGCUGGCGCCCGGUGUGAGCAGCAGCAUGUGGACAGCACCAUCGUGGGGCUGCUGGUGGGCGGAACGCUGGGGACACUGCUGCUGGCUCUGGCUAUCCUGACUGUAAUCAGGAGCGCUCACUGAGUUGUUCACUCACCUGGACCAUCAUGCUGG